UCAUUUCAACAUAAUCAGCUGCCGGGUGACAGCUGGAUGUCGGCGUUCGAUUUUUUCUACGUGGAUUUCAUGGUUCUGAAUUAGUCCAUUUAUUCUCGCGAGAUUAACAAAUAGCGGGUAUCAAACUGCCAUGAGCACUGUUGUCCUGGUGACCGGCGGUAGUGGGCUGGUGGGCAAAGCCAUACAAGAUGUUGCCGCUGAGGAGAACCGGGAGGACGUGAAGUGGUAUUUUGCCACAUCCAAAGACGCCGAUUUGAGAGAUGUGAACCAGACCCGACGCCUUUUCGAGAAGGUUCAGCCGACGCAUGUCAUCCACUUGGCGGCGAAGGUCGGGGGCCUUUUCGACAACAUGAAUAAUAACUUGGAUUUUCUGCGCGAAAACAUACAAAUCAACGACAACGUCCUGCAGACGGCCUAUGAGCACAAGUGCAAGAAAGUGGUCUCGUGCUUGUCGACCUGCAUCUUCCCUGACCGGACGACGUACCCAAUCGACGAGACUAUGCUCCAUGAUGGGCCGCCGCACCCGUCGAACUACGGGUAUUCGUACGCCAAGCGCUUGGUCGACGUCCAGAACCACGCCUACAACCAGAAGUACGGUUGCAACUUCACCUCGAUCAUUCCUUGUAACAUUUUCGGGCCCAACGACAACUACCGUCCAGUGGUGAGCCACGUCAUUCCUGGCAUGAUCUACCGCAUGCACCAGUUGAUAAACUCGCAGGAGACCGACCUCCCCGAGGAGGAGAAGGUGUUCACGGUGUACGGGAGCGGCAAGCCCCUGCGGCAGUUCAUUUACUCCCUGGACCUGGCCAGGCUCAUGGUCUGGGUGAUGUGGAACUACGACAGUGUCGAGCCCAUUAUCCUUUCAGUUGACGAAAAGGACGAGGUGACAAUCGCGGAUGCAGCACGGGAAGUGGCAAAAGCAUUUAAAUUCAAGGGCAAGCUCGAGUUCGACACCAGCAAGGCGGACGGGCAGUACAAGAAAACUGCAUCCAAUAAGAAGCUGCGGGCGUUUCUCCCAGGAUUCAAGUUCACCGACUUCAGUGAGGCCGUGGAAAGCAGCGUCAGAUGGUUCGUGGAUAACUACGAGGUAGCUAGGAAAUAAAUAAAAUAUUGAAUGGACAAUUGUCAAAUCAAUAAAGUCUAUUUUUCGUUAAAAA